AUGGUGCAACCCCCUAUUUUCUGUCUUCGCAUUCUCCCCGCGUUUCCAUCCAAUCGGUGGCUGUCUUCGCAAUUCCGCCCCCCUUGCAUUGCCCCCGCCACGCGUUUCCAUCCAGUUGGUGGUUGUCUUUGUAAUCCGCCGCCCCCGCUUCCAUCUAGUCGGUCGUCGGUCGGCAAUCCCCCGCUUCCAUCUAGUCGGUCGGUGUCUUUGCAAUCCCCGCUUCCAUCUAGUCGGUCGGUAUCUUUGCAAUCCCCCGCUUCCAUUGCAAGGUGUCUUUGCAAUCCCCGCUUCCAUCUAGUCGGUCAGGUGUCUUUUGCAAUCCCCGCUUCCAUCCGGUCAGGUGUCUUUGCAAUCCCCCGCUUCCAUCUAGUCGGUCAGUCGGUCGGUAUCUUUGCAAUCCCCGCUUCCAUUAGUCGGUCGGUGUCUUUCCCCCGCUUCCAUCUAGUCGGUCGGUAUCUUUGCAAUCCCCCGCUUCCAUCUAGUCGGUCGUCGGUCAGGUGUCUUUGCAAUCCCCCCGCUUCCCUAGUCGGUCAGGUGUCCAAUCUUCCAUCUAGUCGGUCAGGUGUCUUUGCAAUCCCCCGCUUCCAUCUAGUCGGUCAGGUGUCUUUCAAUCCCCCGCUUCCAUCUAGUCGGUCAGGUGUCUUUGCAAUCCCCCUUCCAUCUAGUCGGUCAGGUGUCUUUGCAAUCCCCCCGCUUCCAUCUAGUCGGUCAGGUGUCUUUGCAAUCCCCCGCUUCCAUCUAGUCGGUCAGGUGUCUUUGCAAUCCCCGCUUCCAUCUAGUCGUCGGUCAGGUGUCUUUGCAAUCCCCCGCUUCCAUCUAGUCGGUCAGGUGUCUUUGCAAUCCCCCGCUUCCAUCCGGUCGCUUCCAUCUAGUAGUCGGCUUCCAUCUAGUCGGUCGGUCAGGUGUCUUUGCAAUCCCCCGCUUCCAUCUAGUCGGUCAGGUGUCUUUGCAAUCCCCCGCUUCCAUCUAGUCGGUCAGGUGUCUUUGCUUCAUCUAGUCGGUCAGGUGUCUUUGCAAUCCCCGCUUCCAUCUAGUCGGUCAGGUGUCUUUGCAAUCUUCCAUCUAGUCGGUCAGGUGUCUUUGCAACCCCCGCUUCCAUCUAGUCGGUCAGGUGUCUUUGCAAUCCCCCGCUUCCAUCUAGUCGUCGGUCAGGUGUUUUGCAAUCCCCGCUUCCAUCUAGUCGGUCAGGUGUGUUUGCAAUCCUUCCAUCUAGUCGGUCAGGUGUUUUGCAAUCCCCCGCUUCCAUCUAGUCGGUCAGGUGUCUUUGCAAUCCCCCUUCCAUCUAGUCGGUCAGGUGUAUUUGCAAUCCCCCGCUUCCAUCUAGUCGGUCAGGUGUCUUUGCAAUCCCCCAACUUCCAUCUAGUCGUCGGUCAGGUGUCUUUGCAAUCCCCGCUUCCAAGUCGGUGUAUCUUUGCAAUGCCCCUGCUUCCCUCCAUCCGCAUCCUGCUUCCAUUUCAACUCUGCAUUUCCCCAACCCCACGUUUCCAUCCAUCGCUGUUCAUAGCAUCUCCGUGCUUCCCUUCCGUCGAUGGCUGUCUUCGUAAUUUCUUCCUCUCUUCUCUUUGUGUUGUUUGUCGUCCUCCCGUUCGUUUUUUCCUCCUGUCCGUUUAUACCUCUUCACCCCUCGCUUCCACCUCCACCGUCUCUUAUUCGCAACCCUCACUCAGUACCAAGUGCAUCUGUCUGGCAUUUUCCCCUCUCUCUUUCCCAUUCCCCCUCUCUUUCCCAUUCCCCCCUCUCUCCCAUUCCCCCCCUCUCUCUUUCCCCUCUCUCUUUCCCCCCUCUCUCUUUCCCCUCUCUCUUCCCCCUCUCUCUUCCCCCCCUCUCUCUUCCCCCUCUCUCUCCCCCCCUCUCUCUUCCCCCCCUCUCUCUUCCCCCCUCUCUCUUCCCCCUCUCUCUCUUUCCCCCUCUCUCUUUCCCCCCUCUCCCUUUCCCCCUCUCUUCCCAUUCCCCAUCUCUCCCAUUCCCCUUCUUCCCAUUCAUUCCCUUCUCUCUCUCUUACACAUUCCCCUUCUCUCUUUCCAUCUUCCCCCUCCCUUUCCCUCUCCCCCCUCUUUCAGCCUGGCAGCCUUGAUUCCACUCCCAGCUGUGAAGACCUGUCUCUUCUCUCCCCCCAUUGAAAAACUGUCUGGAUUCCCCCAUUCUGCAAACCUGACGAGCUCUUUCUUUCAUACCACUUCUCUGUAUGACAAGAUCUUGCUCCUCUCUCAAACCGCCCCGCCAUACUUUCUUUUUGUAUUUUCCCCUCACAUUCAUUUAUCCUUCUUUCCUCCUUUUUCCUCUCUUUAUUCCUUCCUUUUUCUUUCUCUCUCUCUCUCCUUCUCUUUCUCCCUCUUUAUUCCUUUCUCUCUCUUCCUUUUUUCUCCUCACAUUCAUUUAUCCUUUUCUUUCCUCCUUUCUCUUUUCUCUCUCUCUAUCCUUUCCUCUUAUCUCUAUCCUUUCUCUCUCUCUCUCUCUCUCCUUUUCUCUCUCUCUCCUUUCUCUCUUUCUCUCUCUCUCUCCUUUCUCUUUCUCUCCUUUCUCUCCUUUCUCUCCUUUCUCUCCUUUCUCUCUCUCUUUUUAUCCCUAUUUUUUUGUUGUGCUUUUCCCUUCAUAUAUUUGUUCUCUCUCUCUCUCCCUCCCUCAUUUUUAUACAAAAUAUUUGUUUAUGGAAUCUUAAUUGUCCCUCCUCUUUUCUCUGUUCUCUUGACACUUAGGGAAGCUGGUGUUCAUCGAUGUUCCCAGCUCAUCGCUGGCACCAGCUGUUACACCCUCUCGACACAAUGA